AUGUUUGCGCAGCUUUUCGGUGCUGCGAGACGAGCCAUAAGCCGUACGCCUUCGUACCAAGGAACCCCAAGCGAGACACGAGACCACGUCCCCACAAGCGACGCUGCGCCCACAGACACCGUCACCGCCACAAUGGUCACCACCCGCCGCGGGACAGAGACGCCUGGCAUGGCCGCUACCCCGGCAAGCUCUGCAAAGAAGACAGUCGGCAAGAGGGAACUCGAUGCGCUGGACACACCUACGCAAGUGAAGAGGCAGCGCAAGACGACAGUAGAGCUGAAGAGGAGCCUGAGGUCAACACCAAGGAAGAGCAGCGCAGAAUCGGCACACGAAUCUGUAGACGAGACUGCCUCGGACGCAAGGGAGGCCACGCCAAAGCCAGAAAAGGCCAGUCCGCUCGCUAUCUGCCGGCGAUCGAGCCCGAUGGUGGUGGUCGAGCCGUCUUCGCCCGCCAAAGAGGAUGCGCCCACCCAGGAAAGCGCCGCCUUCCACACCCCGGAGCCAGCGUCUUCCGAGGCAGCCUUCGUGACCCCCUUCACCAGCAAGAAGGCUUUGGAGGGCUCACCGACGCCCAAGGCGAAGAAGACGGCAACACCAGCAUCAGCAAAGAAGGCGCGCGCACGCCCAAAGAAGGCGCACAAGCAGGAGACCCCAGAAGAGAUUCCGUCUUCCACACGAGAGAGCUCGAUCGAACCCUCCGCCGUCGCCCCCGCCACAGCUCACGUCCGCUUCGGCAGCGAAGAGCCCACGAUGAACACCAAAGGCCACACACGCUACGAAGCCCCCGCGCCUGCGCAAGACGACGAUGAAGACUCGGCAGACGACUCGGACGAGGCGCCAGAAAUGGUCAGCACAGCCGCCGCCACCUCCAAAGCCGCCGCCGCCCAAGCAGACACCAGCCGUGCGCUCGCCGCGCAGCAAGAAAAGGAGCGCAAGAAGCGCGAAGCCCGCGAGCAGCGCAUCGCCGAAGAGCAAGCCGCCAAGCGCGCGCGCGACGCCUUGAAAGCGCAAAAAGCCGCCUCCAAAGCCGCAAAAGCCGCCCGCCUAUCCUCCAUCGUCGAGACCCCGGAAGACGGCCCGCCAGCCUUGGCCCUAGACCGCACCGCGCUCCCCUCUCUGCUCCCCGACUCCCUGCUCGCCCACCUCGGCGACGUGCGACCCCCGACCCCGCCGCCCGAGGCGCGCGGCAGAACGGACGAGCAGCUCCGCCGCGAGAAGCUCAACCACCACAUCAAGUUCCUCGAGCAGAGCAGCAAAGCCCCCCGCGAUAGGCGCGUCGGGAAACACCACGUCGCUGUCCUGGCUGGCCAGAAUCCCGUGCUCCCGCCCAAGGUUAGCAGGGCUACUAGAGGCGUCAGGGAGGCCUGGCUCAAGGGACGUCAAGGGCAGGCAGCCAAGGGGAAGCCGAGGAUCGGGAAGACGGCUAGGACAAAGUUUGGGGGUGGAGGUUUCUUGAGGGGCGAGGAUUAG